CGGCUGCAGCACAAAUACGCACUCAGUCCGGUCACCGCGCUCGCCUUCCACAAUGCCGAGCCUGGCCAAGUCCUGCUCCUCGCGGGCGAAGACACCUGGCUCAAGGUGUACGACGUGAAGACGUCCCGUCUCCUCGGCCAGCUCAAGAUCUUCGCCUCGCAGCCGAUCCACGGAAUUUACAUCCCGCCGCCCGAGUCGGACAAGUCUCACAGUGAGCCGGGCGUGCUCAUCUGGGGCGGCCCGUCCGUGACCCUGCUGCCGCCUUCCUCCCUGCAGGCCCUGAUCUCCGGGACGACCCCCACCGCCGCCGCCCCUCCCGAGUUCAAAGCCCCAGACUGGCUCUACGACGGCAUCCUCUUCCCUUGCCGCCGGAACUCCCCCUCCGAUCCCGUCGCCGGCGUGCUCGUCACAGCGCACAACGAGAUCCUCCCCUUUUCAGUCAACGCCAACACCGCCACCACCACUCCCACUACUACUACGACGAACCUCACCUUCGGACCCCUGGCCUCUCCCUCCCGCCCAAUUCUCUACUCGGCCAGCCUGCGCCUCCUUCCCCCAGAUGCCACUACCGUCCUCGUCGCGGCCGGCACCGUCUUCGGCGAGAUCAUCGUCUGGAAGUACCACCACCACCACUACAGUCCGGGAUCGAAACAGCAGCCGCAAUGCCAAGUCCUGCACGUCUUCACCGGCCACGAGGGCUCCAUCUUCGGCGUGAGCUUCUCCGACGAGAUGGAGCUGGCGCCGGACGAUGACGACGACGGCGGCCGCGGCGGCAGUGGUGGAGGGCAGCAGGCCAGGGCGCGGUUGCUGGUCAGCUGCAGCGACGAUCGCACGGUGAGGGUGUGGGACGUCAGCGAGCGGGGUGAUGGCCGCGGCGGCGGGGAGCACGGCCGGGUGGAUGAGCGGGUGCUGGGGGAGGCGAGGGAGACGGGGUUUGGUGGUGGUGGUGGUGCGGGAAGUGGGAGUGCUGCUGGGGGUGAUUCCGAGGCGGGGCGUGGCAGCGUGGGAGAUCGUGCGCGGUGCGUGGCGGUUGCCAUGGGGCAUGUGUCGCGGAUCUGGCAUGUCAGGUUUGGCGCCGUGGUGAGGAGUGGCGCGUCGGGACGGGGUGGCGCGGUCGAGGUGUACUCGUUUGGCGAGGACUCGUCGCGGCAGAAGUGGGAGUUGGAUGUGGACUGGGCGCGGUGGUUUGCGGAAGGGCAGGCGGGGACGCUGCGGCAUCGCGGUGCCAGCACAUGCCACAGCGGGAAGAACAUCUGGUCUGUUGCGGUGUCGGAUAGUGGUGGGGUUGAAGAGCCCCUGAUAGCCACCGGCGGAGCUGACGGCAGGAUUGUUGUGGCGGGGAGGAUCCCGGGCAGACGCUCUUUCGAUGGCUAUGAGGAUCUGGAUGUCACUAUGACUAUCGACGAGGUCCUGCAGAGUUUGCCCCGUGGCAGGCACCCCCAAUCUGUUGAAGUGCAGACCACCAAGCACGCCAAGCACACCAAGCAGACCUUUCAGCGGUAUGCCUUCCUGUCGGACCGGGUCAUGGCGGCUACAGCAUCGGGCAGGCUCCUCCUAGCCACCAUGGGGGACCCUCUGCUCUGGGAGGAGGUCGCCCUCCCCGAAGCGAUCGCCUCUGAUCUCCAGCGUUACAACGUCCUCAAGAGCCCAGCACGGGACACAGUCUUGCUGGGUAGUCCUAGUGGAAGAGUCUAUCUCUUCCGGAAGGGACACGAGGCCUGCCAGGUCGCCGAGUUCCCGGGCAAGAUAUCCGACAUCAUACUAGUGAAUACAUCUCCCAACCGCGCACUCGACGAACAACACUCGGACUGGCACGCCAUUAUCUCCGUGCUCGGCCUCGACCACGCCUUCUACCUCCACUAUUCCGGCGCAACUGGCACCUAUGCCCAACGCAUUGUUCGACUCCCGGAGCACUACAUCGUCACGGCAGCGGCCUUCAGCAGAGAAGCCCUCGUCCUAGGCACGCGGACCGGCUCGGUGGCUACGUUUACCAUCGAGCCUCACACAAACGAGUACAUGCUGCAGGCCUCCCGUAGGGACUGCAAAACCAAAGACGCCAUCACCAGCAUCGUGCCCAUCCCCGGCAACGCGUCUGCACUGCUCGCUACCUGCCGCGACGGCAAGUGCCGCAUCUACCACGUUCCCGCCGUUCUCUCUGGUUCCUCCCGGGCAACCAGCCUGCUGACCCUGCAGCAUGAGAUUGCCUCGCCACUCAACACUCUUGAGGCAGCCUUCUUCACCGUCCCCCUCCCAGACGAUACCAGCCCGCCAAACAGAAGAAUACACAGGAGGAGUAGGGACCUCAUCCUGCAGGGCUUCCACGGGCCGCACUUUCUCUCCUACAACGCGACCACCGACGCCGUGCUGGCCCGCGUGCCCUGCGGCGGCGCCCACCGGCCCUUCGCCAGCGUGUCGGCGCCGCACGACCCGGGCCAGACGCGGCUGGUGUUCUCCAAGGCGGGCGAGCUGCGCGUGGUGUCGCAGGCAGCCGCGGCGGAGCGCGUGCUGGUGCCGGGCGGCCACGGGCGGGAGAUCCGGGCCGUCGCCGCGUCCCCUUCGACGCUGAGCGCUGCCGACGAGGCCGGGCUGGUCGCCACCGCCGCCGAGGACACGACCAUCCGCAUCUGGCGGCGCCGUGCGUCUUCACCGCGGGUGCCGCCGUCUUCCCAUGCUGAAUACCUGACCCCGCUCGUCACACUGCAAGGCCACUCAGCCGGCAUCCAGACGCUGCGCUGGGCGCCGACGCCGCACGGCACACACCUGCUCAGCAGCGCGGGGAGCGAGGAGCUGUUUGUGUGGCGGCUGGCGCGCCUGGUGCGGGAACAGGAACAGGACAUGCUGGCUGUGGUGCGCGAGGCGGUGUGGGGUGACGGGACGCCGGGCGGGGAUCUGAGGGUGGUGGACUUUGACGUUGUGGAUUUUGGUCGUGUUACUGGCGAAGGAGACGGCCGGGUGGUGCUGCUCAUCUCAAUGGUCCUGUCGGAUUCGAGCGUGCGCAGCUAUGUUUACUCCUCGCCAGGAAAUCCUCCCACCACCCCACCUGGCAGCAGCAGCACCAGCGCGCGGUACACCGGCGCGUGCCCGACGCAGGUGCGGCAUCUGCGCGCGGACGGCGAGGCCGUGCACGUCCUGACGGCCUUCACCGACGGGCACAUAGCCGUGUGGACGACAACGACAACAACCACCACUGCUGCUGCUGCUGCUGUCGCCGCCGCAGGCGGGUCCGGCUCGUUCGCGCUAGCGCUGACCGCGCGCCUGCACCAGAGCAGCAUCAAGAGCCUGGACCUGUCCUCCGCCCCAACAGGAUCCGCGCGCUGGCUGGUAUCCACGGGGGGCGACGACAACGCGCUGGGCUUCCUGGAUCUCGCGUGGGACCGUCACACGGGGACAUACGCCGUGCUGGGGCGGUACCGGAUCCGAGACGCGCACGCGGCUGCUAUUACGGGGCUUUGCGUGGUGGCGAAUGGGGAAGAGGCACCGGGAAUGAUGAGGAUGACGAUGCAGGUCGCCAGCGUCGGCAACGACCAGCGCAUCAAGCUCUGGUGUGUCGAGAGGGGUGGUGGCGCCGGCGGCGGGCUGCGCGUGGCCUUGCUGGACGAUCGGUAUAGCUCGGUGGCUGACGCCGGAGACCUGGAGCUGAUCGCGCCGGGCAAGCUCAUGGUGGGCGGGGUGGGGAUGGAGGUGUGGGAUGUGACGGGCGAUGGCAUAGAACAGGGCUCAUAG